AUGUUUAAGAAGAAACCCGAAGUCAAAAACUUGUCACCCCUGCGAUCUUCUGACCGGCGUAAGCUUGCAGAUCAAAUCAUCCAGGACUACAACAUCCAGGUCCCGUCCCAACAGCCUGCCAGUGAAGAUGCAGCAACCCCACAGACAACGCUGUCGUCACUGCGGAAUUCUUUGCUACCCGAAUCGACGUCUAGUGCCAGAUUUACCACAAUAUCUGGGCCUAAUCAUUCGUUAGUGAGCGGUACUGUCUAUGUUGGAACUCAUCCAGAUCAAGACGAGAGAAUCCUUUGGUUUCAGUAUGGAAAGAACGCCAAACUGAUCCCCACGGUGUAUACGUUAUGGCAGAACCCUAACAUUGUUCCUCUCUUGCAUACGCCGGACUUUGUCGUGGAAGAGAAACUCACCCACGGCAGUGAUUUGAUGAUCCCAGGAUUGUUCAAACCAAGGGGUUCACAGUGGGAUUCAAGAGCGACAACGGGUGCCUUAGUGGCAGUCGCGGGUCUCAAAAAGGAUACCGUACCCCUGUGGGUUGGAAUGUGUGAAGUCGACGUCACUAAACUAGGUGACGAUCUUCGAGGCCAGAAGGGCGUGGCAGUAAAAGGUCUACACUGGGCAGGCGACGAAGCCUGGAGCUGGAAGAUCGUUGGAAGCAAUGGGCUGACUGCCCCCGAAACUGUGGCCGGCUGGAAAGGCCUGACCCAGGACGUUACUGCUGCGGUCAAUGAGGUCAGCCUGAAUGACGAUGACGAUGAUGAUGCACAAGAUGGUGAUGGCGGCACAACACAUGCAACCGGCGACCACCGGGUUGUGAUUGCCGAUAUUGCUGAUGAAGCGGAAGAACACGAACCAACAACAAAGGAGGUCGACGAUGCAUUUCUUCACGCGUUCUUGUACGCCGCACAUAAGGCAAAGUCAAGCGGCACUGAGCCCCACUAUGGACUAGACUUUCCCAUUCCGCCCUCGGUGCUUAUUUCGAAUAUGAUCCAGCCAAACCUCCGGGUUCAGAAUCAGCAUUACAACAUUAAAAAGACCUCUUGGAAGAAUGUCAAGAAAUUCAUUAAGCAUCUUGACAAGAACAAGUUAUUGAAGUCAAAAGACAGGAGCGGAGGAGAAACUGUCAUCCUCGAUAUUGACUUCAAUGAUACUCAAGUGACCGGUUUUCGGCCCUAUCCGUUGCCAAAACCAAAAGCGAUCACCGGGUCAGCCGCAUCAGGAUCAAUUCAAUCAAACGAGGCUUUAUCAUCCAGCGACCCUUCGGUUGGCCAGAAAAUUACGAUCCAAACAGUAUACCGGGCGUCGUCGAAGCUUGUACCAACACUCCUGCCAUCUAAAACGGAGUACUACACUGCGUAUCAGAUUACCUCUGCGUUGAAGGCCUAUAUUGACAAGCAUCCCGACCUGGGAGGACAAGGAGCAGCCAGCAUUAAACUGGACCCAUUUAUCGCGAACACUAUCCUGGGAGCGAAGCCUUCCCCUGAGGACAACAGAGCAAUUGCAGCUGGUCGUAUUGCAAGAGGCACACUACAAAAGCGUAUUCUGGAGGAUACUCAUCUAUGUCAACCAUAUCACAUAUUAGGUCGCAGCUCCUCGACAACUGAACCGAAGCCAAAAGCCGGACCUCCUCCAAAAGUGUACGUCGCCCUGGAGAAGAGGACUGGUACGAAAGUUGUCACUAAAGUCUGGAAUUUGGAGCCUUUCUCUAUUGAUCCUCAGUUACUUGCACCCGAAUUGCAGAAGAAGUGCGCAGGCUCGGCAAGCGCAGGACAGCUUACCGGUGGCAAGCCUGGUUUAUUGGAAGUUGUGGUCCAGGGCGACCAACGCAAAGUGCUUCUAGAAGUUCUAGCGACGAGGGGCAUUGACGCGAAAUGGGUGGACGUUGUCGACAAGACCAAGUCGAAGAAGAAGUAG